GUUGUGUUGUCUUUGAAUCCAUUCACCUUUCCCCCCUGAAGCGUAGUCCUAAACUUGAGGUCGCAGCUCCUCUUGUUCCGCACCACUGCUCGCAAUGCGCUUCGCAGCCCUGGUUAUCGGCCUCCUGGCCACCUUUGUUUCGUCUGUGGCAGCCACGGCCCUGACCUACCGCCUCGAGGCCAACGAGAAAGCGUGUUUCUAUAACUAUGUUGACCAGAGGAACGUGAAGCUUGCUUUCUACUUUGCUGUCCAAUCCGGCGGUUCCUUCGAUAUCGAUUACUCCGUUGUCGGUCCCGGCGAGAAGGUGGUCCUGGAUGGUACCAAGGAAAGACAGGGUGACUUUGUGUUCACGGCCCAGAGCAUUGGCGAGUACCGGUUCUGCUUCAACAAUGACAUGUCGACCUUUGCCGAGAAGAUUGUCGAUUUCGAGAUCGCGGUCGAGAACGAGGAACGCGCACAACUGCCCUCCCGCCAGGGUGCCAGCCCCGAGCAGGCCUCCGCUCUCGAGGAGUCGAUCUUCAAGCUGUCCGCUCAGCUCUCCACCAUCACCCGCAACCAGAAGUACUUCCGCACAAGAGAGAACCGCAACUUCAGCACCGUUCGUAGUACGGAGCGUCGGAUUUUCAACUUUAGUGUGAUUGAGGGUUUGAUGAUGGUUUCGAUGGCCGCACUGCAGGUCUUUGUUGUGAGGUUCUUCUUCCAGGGUGCUAGAAAAGGUUACGUGUGAUGAUGUGCGAGCAUGAUGAAAAAUAUUUCUUCUGUCCUUUGAUUGUGGCGUCUGUUUGUAUCUACCCGCUGUUGUAGGGAUCUAGAGCAUUUUUUUUUACUCCUGAUAAUGGAGCUGGUCAAUCGGAACAAACAUCUUGG